UUCAGGUGAAUACUCCAAGUUCAUGGCAUGGGAGGGAGGCAUGAGGCGGAUGCACAGAACCGAGGGAGUCUAGGUUCGCUUCAUGUAAAUCUGUGUGGUCCCAAUUCCCAUUGCUUCUCUCAGCUUUCCACACACUUCUCUAUAGACUCCGAGACAUGGGCGAACACGAAUAUCUCCUUUUUCUGUAGCAGUUUUCUUCGCCUUUUGGGUUGCAAAGGAUUGAUUCAGUCCGUUUUCUGUCGGUUUAAUUUUCCUUAGACAUCUUAGGUAAGUGUUUACGAUGAAGUAUUUAUUGAUUUAAGGGAAUAUAUCAUAACGAUUGCAAUCUGUUCUCUUUAUGCAUCAUUCCACCGUGUGGCUGUGUGUGAUCUUCCUAAAUCCAGACUGAACAAGGUGAUUCGGGUUUUCCCAUUUCAUUUCUCAGUAUAAUCCAGCUUUCUUUGAUCAUCCAGAGCCUUUUCUGUUUUGAAGUUAUUGAGUUCCCAAAAAUAGAAAGAGUAUGAGGAGUUUGGGCAGAUGCAAAUGUUAGAUCUCGAGCCUUGAAUACAGCAGAUCAGUCGUCAACAUCAUACGAAGUCAGCUGGUGGAUGAGGCUUCCUUUAGUCAUAUACAAAAAACUUGGAUAAGAUUUGGAAUAUGAUAUUUUUUUACGGAUGAUAUUCAAACAUACUAGCCAGCUGGGGAGCCAUGGAAAAAGCAUCAGCCUCUCUUUUGUUGGCUUCUUACAUCUUUGUCUCCGUUUCUGCUAUCGACAGUGAUUAUGCGCAGUGCAAUUGUGACGAAGAGGGGCUUUGGAGCAUACAUAACAUUUUAGAGAGCCAAAGAGUUAGUGACUUCUUUAUUGCCAUAGCAUAUUUUUCGAUCCCUGUUGAACUCCUCUACUUCGUUAGUCGUUCCAACCUCCCCUUCAAAUGGGUGUUCCUCCAAUUCAUUGCAUUCAUAGUCCUUUGUGGCUUGACGCAUUUACUUAAUGCAUAUACUUAUUACGGACCACACUCCUUUCAGUUGGUGCUCUCCCUUACAAUUGCUAAACUCCUUACAGCUCUGGUCUCCUGUGCAACUGCAAUUACCCUUUUUACUCUGAUUCCUCUUCUUCUCAAAAUCAAGGUGAGGGAGCUCUUUCUGAAGCAGAACGUGUUGGAAUUAGACCAGGAGAUUGGAAUGAUCAGAAGACAAAAAGAAGCAAGCUGGCAUGUUCGUAUGCUAACACGGGAAAUCAGAAAGUCUCUGGAUAAGCAUACAAUCUUGUACACCACCCUUGUUAAGCUCUCUAACUCAUUGGCCUUGCAUAACUGCGCUGUUUGGAUGCCAAAUGAGGAUGGACGAGAAAUGUACUUAACCCAUGAGUUGAAAACAAGCUCCCCUGAGAUUUUUCACUAUUCUAUUCCCAUAAACGACCCAGAUGUCUUAGAGAUAAUAAAAAGUAAAGGGGUAAGGAUUUUGAGGCCUGAAUCAGUACUAGGAUCUGCAAGUAAGGGGGGGUCUGGGGAGUCAGGUGCUGUUGCAGCUAUUCGUAUGCCGAUGCUUCAUGUUUCAAAUUUUAAAGGAGGGACACCUGAGUUUGUUGAUACAUCCUAUGCUAUUCUGGUUUUGGUUCUUCCAAAUUCAAACUCUAGGCCUUGGAGCCACCAAGAGAUGGAGAUAGUGGAGGUAGUUGCUGAUCAGGUCGCUGUAGCCCUGUCUCAUGCAAAUAUUCUUGAAGAGUCUCAGCUCAUGAGACAGAAACUGGCAGAGCAAAACCGAGCUUUGCAACAGGCUAAAAAGAAUGCAAUGAUGGCUAGUCAGGCAAGGAAAUCAUUUCAGAAAGUGAUGAGUCAUGGCAUGCGCAGGCCUAUGCAUUCAAUCCUGGGCCUGCUUUCAAUGUUUCAAGAGGGCAAUUUGAGAUCUGAGCAAAAGAUUAUAGUUGACACAAUGAUCAAAGUUGGCCAUGUUCUCUCAAGUUUGAUUAAUGAUGUAAUGGAGAUUUCGGUAAAUGAUAAAGGAAGCUUCCAGUUAGAGAUGAAACCUUUCAAUUUACAUUUGAUGAUGAGAGAAACUGCUUGUAUUGCUAAAUGUCUGUGUGUAUAUAAAGGCUUUGAUUUUAAAAUUGAAGUGCAGAAGUCGUUGCCCGAUUUGGUGAUAGGGGACCAGGCAAGGGCUUUUCAAGUAAUUUUGCAUAUGAUUGACCAUUUAUUGAACAUAUAUGAUGGAGAAAGGACUUUCAGUGUCCAAGUUUAUCUUGGAAAUGAUAAUGGGGAUAAGGACAAUAAUUCUUUGGGAAUAUGGAGAUCAGGCAUGCAAAAUGAUUGUGUAUAUAUGAAAUUUGAUUUUCAGAUAACUGGUACAAGUUCGCGUUCAGGUGAAUCUGCUUCAGCAAGACGCUAUGCUGGUGGAAGGCACUACAGCAAUGAACCUAAUGAGGGCCUAAGCUUCAGCAUGUGCAAAACACUGGCACAGAUGAUGCAAGGCAAUAUCUGGUUAUCACUGAACGCUCUAGGUUUGGCACAAAGCAUGACACUUGCCCUCAAGUUUCAGAUAGGGCCAUCACACGGAAGAUCCAUUUUAGCACCUAAAGAUUCUCUGGACUCUCGGUUCAGAAGCCUCAAGGUUGUGUUAGCCGACGACGACGACAUAAACAGGACAGUGACGAAAAAACUUCUUGAGAAGUUGGGUUGUCAAGUAACUGCUGUUUCAUCAGGGUUUGAAUGCCUGGGUGCUGUAAGUGCAUCUGGUAAUACAUUCAACGUCAUCCUUUUGGAUCUGCACAUGCCCGAAAUGGAUGGUUUUGAUGUGGCUAUGAGAAUUCGGAAGUUCCACAGCCGCAACUGGCCCUUGAUUAUAGCUCUUACAGCAAGUGCAGAAGAAGAUGUGAUGGAUAGAUGCCUGCGGGUUGGAAUGAACGGAUUAAUUCGAAAACCUAUUCUUCUUCAAGAGAUAGCAGAUGAACUAAGAAGAGCCCUGCAACACGCAGGUGAGAAAUUGUGAAAACUGAGAUUUUUGAACAGUAUCUGAAGAUUAGAAUGAUGUCAAAAUAUCUCGUAAGUUUACCAAAGCAUAUAAUUUAGGCAUUCUGACAUAGGAGACACCAAUCUAGAGUUUCUUGACAAUUAAACUUAGGGGGCUCAAUUUGCUAUCCAUGCUCCUGAUUGAGCUUUUUUCUGCCAAAGAA